CUGCCUUCUGCUGAUUGGCUGGAGCUGCAGGAGGGCAUGGAAGCUCGCGCUCCAAAACAGGCAUAAAAGGCAGUGUGUGGGAUCAGACACAGAGAAGCAUCUAAUAUGCAACUUUGAGCUGCUUUGACAGAGAGCCUCUGCCAGCUUCACUAAACUGGAGGGAGGAAUAAAGAGCAAGGAAGGGAGCUCAAGGAGAAGAAAAAAUUUAGAGAAGUAGAAGUUCGUGGCAAGUGUUGAAAUUUUCAGAGUCUGUAUUGCAGCAGGUGUUGUAGAGGAAGUGAGUAGACUGAGGCUGUGUUUGGGUUAUUUUUUUUUCCACCCACUUUGGUCUCAAAACAAAAGAGCAGCAUGUCUCUGGAGAAGACACAGGUGCGUGUGGUUUUUCUUGGGGCAGCAGGAGUGGGCAAAACAGCCCUGAUCCAACGCUUCCUCCAAGAUAAAUUUGAGCCCAAACACAGACGCACGGUGGAGGAGCUGCACAGCAAGGAGUAUGACAUCGGAGGGGUCAAGAUCACAGUGGAGAUCCUUGACACCAGCGGAAGCUACUCCUUCCCAGCCAUGCGGAAGCUCUCCAUCCAAAACAGUGAUGCUUUUGCACUAGUGUAUGCUGUGGACGAUCCAGAGUCUCUAGAGGCGGUGAAGAGCCUCAGGGAUGAGAUUCUGGAAAUCAAGGAGGACAAGUACACGCCGAUCGUGGUCGUGGGGAACAAGGUGGACCGGGAGGAAGAGCGUCAGGUAUCGAACGAGGAUGUGCUGUCGACCGUGGAGCUGGAUUGGAACAACAGUUACCUGGAGGCUUCAGCGAAGGAGAAUGAAAAUGUGGUGGAGGUGUUCAAGGAGCUGCUGCAGCAGGCAAACCUCCCAAGCCGCCUCAGCCCGGCACUUCGCAGACGCAGGGAGACCUUCCCAAAAGACGCCAACUUCCGGCCGCCCAUGAACAAAACCAACAGCUGUAUUCUGUCGUAAAGGAAGAGGAGGAGAGCUGUUUUGUUUUACAAAAAAUGAUGCAAGAUAAGAGGACAGGGGGUUGCUAAGGUAGACAAACCUGACUGUCUCAGUUGGGAGGUGUGAAGUGAAGAGCUGCCUGACUGAGAUUAAUGAGUCUGGACUGACAGAGAGACUUCAGGGCACACAUCUUUGAAACUGAAGAGGAGGAGGACGGUGAAAAGGCUGGACUUUAACACAGAGCCAAUAAAAGAAGAAAGACAUAUCCAUCACCCAGUUGUUUACCUGAUGUAAUGUUGUUGCUGCUUAUUUGGUGACAUGCUGCUUGUGUUUAUGUACAACUACUGGAUUUUCAACUGAAAUGUUCAAUAGCAUCACCAUGUUUGACUGUUUCCAACAAAUUGUCUACUUAUGAAAAAAAAAAGUGUGUAAUAGUGAUGUGGUUUGUGCCGAGGUCGUCUGUUUGAUCUUAUUCGAUGAUUCAGUUGUAGCAUAUCAUAUAAUGUUUACAAUUAUUUUGUAUCCAUGUCAAAUUUGCAAAUAAGCAUGACAUUACAUGUACAUUUUGAAGAAGUGGUAAAAUAUUGUAAAUGCAAAAGAAAACUGUAAAUGCACUUUUUCAAAUGACCAGUAAAAUAUUGUGGGAGUGUCUUUUUUUAUUUCUAAACUAUGAUUUAGAUCUUUUUUAAUAAUGGAAUCACAUGUUUAUUCAUUUGGGUUAUUUUGCUUUUUGUUUUUUUAUCUCUUAUGUAAAUUGAAUGUGGAUUAAACUGUGUAAUAAAAGAUAUAAACAUAAUAAAGUAGCAUGUGUUGUGUGGAACUGAUGGUUGAAGCUCACACAGAGGUUUUAGGGUUUCCUUUAGGUAGAACAUAUGAAGACUCCAAACAUUAGAAGCUUUGAAAACAUGACACUCGGUUUCCUUGUAGAGUUACAGCGGGUAAUUUUUCUCCAUUGACAGCUAAUGUAACUGAACAAACCAAGUAGAGUCAGAGAUGCGCCUUGUGUCGUUCUCCUAGAACUAAGUAGGAUCUCUACUGCCAUCUGUUGGUCAAAAACACACAUUACAUCUGCUGCAGUGGGUAACCUCAGACUUCAGUGUCUCCUCUCCUUGUCCUCAUAAAGUUCUAACCUCAAACCUUGAAAAUAAAAGUGAGGUGUUGAUGUUGACGUAGACUUAAAUCUGUUGUGUUUCUCGAUCCUAAGUGUCCACAGUUUCCUGAAAACCAAAGACGUGGUCUUAUAAUACCGUUAAUUAGUCUAGAGGAUUAGUCUCGACUUGUUUGCAGUCAAUCACCGCACCUUUAAACCAAAAUAGACAACUUCAACAUUCAUGCUGCAAAUAUUUUUUUUCACAUUCUAGGAAAAAAGCUGAGGGUGAGUAUGACACGCAAAUCUGUGAGGCGGUUCAGACUCUGAUAUUUACAUUCAGACCUGUGGGAGAACUAAAAGCAGCACACCCUGAGUAUCAAGAUAAAAACCAAAUUCUUGUUAAACUUGUUGACUAUGUUGACUGUUGUUCAGUUCCCUAAGGUAGCUGGUGCACAGUUCCCCUAAAUGCAACCUGCUCAACUGUGACAUAUCAGAGCCCUGGUUCAAGACCCCCCCUCCUCCUCCAAUUUCACACACCCACACCAACACACACUCUCUAGUCCAUCAGAUUAGGUUGAACAAAGUUUCCUGUUUUAAUUUGAGGAAGUGGCCGGGUUAACGUUUGCAGGCAGUUCCUCUUUCAGUCUGCAUUUAAACAUUCUUCCGCCUCUGCUCUUGGUCAUUUGCAAAGGGAAGGGGGCCUAGCAGCUUCACAGUCACGCAGGUGUGUGGAUUUGUCAUUUGAUUACACAGAGUUUAUAUCUGGAAGGGUAUUUGAGGGUUUUUAGACAUUUUUUUGUACUCUACCUUUACUGAAUUACUUUGAUUAUCACUGAUUUGUUGUUGUUGUUUUUUUACCUGCAGUGAGGGAGGCUACUCGUACACUUUUGACUAUUUUCUCAGAUGUCUUCGCCCCUGGACUUGGUCAAAGCUCCUCAGCAGGUUAUAACGGCUCUGAGGCGUUUAGAACAAGUUCAGGGUCCAAGACGAAGCACAGCAAGUUUGAGGUGAAAUAGUUGGAUAUAAACUGGGUCCAUUCAGAAACAGGUUUCCUGUGGCUUCUUCUUUUGUGAAAGGGUAAAAAUAACCGUAGUAUGUGUCAAGUUUGAAUUUACUCUGAGCUGUCAUGUGCUGAUGUGUAAGAUGAACAUGUGAACGAGACAAACGUAGUCCUUACACGAGAAAUCAAACCAUUUAGGAUAAAAUUGUGAAGAGAUCUGAGACAACUUUCGCGCUGUAAAUCCAAAAAGUCCCAGUUCCUCUGAAUAAAAAAUAAAAAAUCAUGACUACAGGUGGUCAUAACGCAACAUUUUUGAACCAUUUGGUUAUUUUAGGUGGUGUAACACUAUUUUCAGGAUAUACACAAUUAAAUGAAGGUUUACUACAGAGUUUGAAACCAAACACCCACUACCUUAUGUCUCUCUAACACUCUUCUGAAUUUCCUCAAAGUUAUUGUUCUGAGUAAGUCGUCAAACUCUUACAACAGAUUUUAAUCAAACUGUGUUACACUACAUUUCAUGCUUCACAUAGUAAAGCAGAUUCAGCUUUGACAUGAAACUGCUACCGAAAGUUGAGUUUCAGGAGUGAAGUCAGUGCCCGGCACCUUUUUUUUUUUUUUGAUUUACAGAUGUCUGCAAACAGCUUCACUCUUCAAAGUGCAAACCACCAGACACAGCGCUGUGCAACACUCAUUCAAGUUGAGGCACGUCUCUUCAAACAAGCUGGAAUAAUGACAGACUGUUAAUCACCCAAGAAAAAAACGGUUUUAUUUGCUGCAGCUUACAAUGAGGCUGCAUGAUACAUCUAGCAGUGCUAUUAAUAACUGAAAGGAAGGGUUAUAUCGGUGAAGUGUAACAGUUGGUGUUGUUGGUGCAGUCCCACUAUGUAACAGACAAAUGAAGCAUUUGCCUCGUGUGUACAGCCAAUACAGCCAAACAAGCCAAUUUCUGUUUCGCAUGUUUACCAACAGAUAAAAAAAACAGCAGCGACAAAAUAAAGCCUGUGCUGGAGUAAAACAGAUUCUUGGUCAUCAUUUAGUGUGUGUUUGAUAAAUGUUAGCGAGAACGUGAAUGUAUGUGUGUGUUGCCUCAGUCGUCCACAGCAAUGUUGCGGAACAGGUAGGCCAUCGACUCGCCGUUGUGGAUGCGUCUGAUCGCCUCGGCCAGGAUCAUGCUGACAUCCACAGUCUUGAUUUUUGGACACUGAAGCUUCUGCACCUCGUGAGGAACGGUGUUGGUCACCACCACCUGAAGGGGCAACACAACGGCAUCAGUGUCAAGUAUUUAGUAGGAGAGCAAACAUACCUUUUCAGUCCUGCUUUUAACUUAAUUUUAUAUUGAAGUGUUUUAGCAUUUAUCUAUUUUAGUUUUAGUGACAGGAUCGUCUUUUAUUGAGCCAUUUUAGUGCUUUUAUUUUAGUAACCUUUACAGUUGUUUUUAUUUCAUUUUACUAAUUAUUUCUUAAAUUUCAUUCUUUGUUUCUUUUUUUUAGAUUUUAAACCUUGAGUGUUUCUUUAUCUUGAAUUAAGUUCAUGCAUUUUAAUACAUGUUUCUAUUGUGCUUAGACUGUGGGGUGGGAAUGAGGGGUUGGGUUGGGGUAGAUCAGGGUUUUCUUUGUUUCUUUUAUCCUCUGCUAUGUUAAGUACUUUGUGCUACAUCGUUUUUGUAUAAAAAGUGUUAUACAAAUAAAGACUGAUUGAUUGAACUCUUAAA